AUGCACAUGAUCGACGACCCACUGACGGAGGGUUCCGACGUGGCGUCGCCGGCAGUGGGGCGCGGGCAAGGGUUCUACCCCUUCGCGGAGCAGCAGGAGCUGGCGGUGAUACUCUCCCUCAACAUAGUGUUCACGGCGGGUAAGCACAACGGCAGCUACUUCGUCGUCCAGGCAAAGGACGCCUUCUUUGACGAGGUCAGGGAGCUGGCGGUCAUUGGCGGAGCAGGCAGGUUCCGUGGAGCCACCGGUUACGGGAUCAUGUCAAUUCACCUGUGA